UUGAAUAUCAAUCUAGCGUCUUGGGUAAAAGGUGAAAAGAGCUCAAGCCACCUGUAUUUUACAGCACCUGGAGAGAUCCUCCGAAAGGAACAGCUAAUAUUGGAGUAAACUUCGUUUAAUAAUUUAUGCGGCUAAAACAAAUCUGACCACAGAGAUUUACCAACAGGGCACGCUCAGAAGAUGCAUAAAGCUGUACUGACGCUGGGGUUGCUCAUUAACAUAUGUUCCUCGAUUUGUAUCGUUUUCCUGAACAAAUGGCUAUAUGUUCAUCAUGGCUUCCCGAACAUGACUCUAACAUGUAUCCACUUUACCACCACGUAUAUUGGUCUCCGCCUGUGCGCUUUCUUCAAUGUUUUUCAGCCAAAAAGGUUGUCUGUACUUAAAGUGGCUCCGCUAUCGUUGGCGUUCUGUGGCUUCGUGGUGUUCACAAAUCUCAGCCUUCAGAAUAACACAGUUGGAACAUAUCAGUUAGCGAAAGCCCUGACCACACCGACCAUUGUGGCAAUCCACACGUUCUUUUAUAAUAAGAGUUAUUCAACACAAAUCAAGUUAACAGUUGUGAGUGAAGCUUUUGUCAUGAACAAGUUAACAUCCUUACUUUAAUAAUUCAGCACAAUUUGGGGGGGGAUGGGAGAGGUUGAAGCUUUAAAUCUUGCAUGAAACGAAAGAGAUGAUCAUAGUCAAUUCAGGAAAAAAUUGAAUAUGUAGAUGAAUGGAUGCAUGGGAAACCUUGGAGGUGAGAGGGCAAGGGGCUGUGAACUUCAUCUUCCAAUUUCAUGCUUAAAUUGAAAUAUAACAACAAGAACAACAAAAACUGUGGGGAAAAAUGGCCAAAGACCUUCACAGAAACUUUCAUAUGCAGCCACCAUUCAGCUUGCCUUUUGUAUAUAUUAUUCCUCUGUUCUUGAAGUAAAGAUAUAUAUAAGUCAAACAAAGAGCUAGAGAUUAUCAAGGUGUACAUGGGCCCAGUGUGCAGAGUAUGGCAGAACUGGAUGAGAUCUUGUGCUUGCAAUGUAAUUCUGGCAUGCAGAAUUGUGCUUCCACCUGCCAUACUCUGCUGACUGCAUGAGGCAGUACAAAUUAGUAUAACUUAUACUUCUACUUCUGGAGAGGGGAUGCUAAUCCAUUGUAGUUACAGACUAACCCUUAAAGAGAGAAAAGAUAAAGAACAAGCUCCUGAAUCCACAGAUAGUUCAGCAUUCUAACAAUCAUGCAACCACUCUUCUCAGUAGGAUUAUGCAUGGACAUCUGAUGAUAUUUCUUUAAUUGAGAGUGUACUACUAUGAUUAUUUGGUUGGAUAACCUUUACACCCUAACAUCAGUAUGCAUAUUCUCAGUUGUGUUUGCUAUACAUAUCCUGAGGUGCUUUUAAAGAGAAUAUGUUGAACAAUCAAGAAGUUUUUUAGUUGGUGAUCAUUUCCUUUGUUCUUGUGACCUUAUUGUGUGAUUUAGGGGUGAAAUUGUAAGGAGAAAUUAGAUGCUAGUCACUCUAACAAAUCAAAGGGCUUAUGGAAAAAAGAAUCUCUAAUCAAAGUGCAUAGCUGUUUUUUUUUCUUCCCAAGUUUAAUUUUUGAACUUGACUUGCCAUUUCUUGCAGAUUCCAAUUAUUGUGGGAGUGUUUUUAAACUCUUACUAUGAUGUCAAGUUCAACUGGGUUGGCACUUUCUAUGCAAGUUUGGGUGUGAUAGUGACAUCUGUCUAUCAAGUGGUGAGUUUUAUGAAAUAGGGUAAUUAAGUAUUAUCAACUGAGUUGAUGAUGUAAAAAUUGGCCACCGUAAAAAGUUGCAAAGUUUUGUAACUCUUUACAGUGGCCAAUUUAUGUUAUCAACUCAGUUGUUAAUACUUAAUAACCCAGUUAUAAUCUCUCACCUACGUAGCACCACAGUUUCUUUAGAAACUUAACCCCUUUAUUUAGCUUUAUGAAAUAACUGAAUUAUGAUUGGCUUAGACCGUGCACUUUGCAUAUGAAGGCAUUUGACUCUACAUAUUGUUAUCAAUUCCCUGAAGACUCCAAAAUAUUGCAAUCUAUAGUGAAAGAUUUCUUCACAAAAGAAGUAAAAAGUUGCAAAGCUUUGUAACUCUUUACAGUGGCCAAUUUAUGUUAUCAACUCAGUUGUUAAUACUUAAUAACCCAGUUAUACUCUCCCACCUAUGCAGCACCACAAUUUCUUUAGAAACUUAACCCCUUUAUUUAGCUUUAUGAAAUAACUGAAUUAUGAUUGGCUUAGACCAUGCACUUUGCAUAUGAAGGCAUUUGACUCUACAUAUUGUUAUCAAUUCCCUGAAGACUCCAAAAUAUUGCAAUCUAUAGUGAAACAUUUCUUCACAAAAGAAUUAAACAAAGUCAUCUAAACUGCUAUUUAAAUAAUUAUUUCUGAAUUUAACUGGUUUGUUUAACAAUUUACUUUUUAGUGGGUAGGAACAAAACAAAAAGAAUUCCAAGCAAAUUUUAUGCAGCUCUUGUAUUACCAGGUCAGUGAACUUUUUUUGCACACUAACAUUAGUAUGCAUAUUCUCCAUACUGUUCUCUAGACAUUUCCUCAGGUGCAGACAAGGAGAAUCUGUUUAACAAGUGAGAGCUUCCUUAGUUAAUGAUCAUAUCUUCUAUUUCUCAUGACUUUAAUGUGUGAUUCAGGGGUGAUAUUGUAAGGAGAAAUUAGCUGCUGGUCACUUGUGAGAGUUAAAGUGUAAAGAAACUCUCAGAUUUAACUUUGAGUGUCACUGGUUGUCAUUUGCUUAUUUCAUUUCUAAUUCUCCUUCCCAGGCCCCUAUUUCUGCAGCCAUGUUAGCAGUAGCUGUUCUUAUUUUUGAACCAGUAACAUCAGAGAAAGGACUUCUGUCUUCCUGGUCUGGAUCUUCAAUUGUAAGUGGCAUGAGGUGAAUUUAUUGAACCCUAUAACUCCCAUGAUCUGAUUGUUUACUCCCCCCCUCUAGCUGCCUUAUCUUUCCUUGUAAAUUAAACACGAAAAUUUAGCAUUGGAUCAAGAUCACAACUUCUACUGGAUAAUUUUGAGUAUUCUUCUUAACUGUUUGGUGGGUAACGUAUCAAUGCUUUAGGGAGAAGUUACUUGUUGAUCACUUCUGGGAGGUAAAGGGUUAAUAAGGUAUUCUCACCACAUAUAAUCUCCUGACAAACUAGUUGUGUUCAAAAAGUCUGUAUGCAAUCUUGAUCGCAUAGCUCCUGCCAGAGCUUAUUCCAGUUUCUACUGAGCAUGAAGUGACCAUGAAUAUUGCACAUAAGAGUUUUAUUUCUGACCAUUUUUUGGUAUAUUGAAGAAACAAAUUGAUUUUAUCGUUUCUGUGUGGUUUAUACUAAUUUAAAAACAAUUCUUGACCUCAAUGUUGGUGAAAGUGGUGGAUUUUAACCUUGGGGCUUAUGCAUUGUUUUUUUUUCAGCUGGUGGUAUUAGCAUCUGGUGUGGUGGCUUUCAGUGUGAAUCUAUCAAUAUACUGGAUUAUUGGAAACACAUCUCCUGUGACGUAUCCUUAAUCACAACAUUUCAAUAUUUUAACUUGAUUUACAUAUAUGACCAUUGCCAGAUUUGAGGAAAUUUAAUUUUCUUUGUGUUCAUAAUUGUAUAAGAAACUGUCAAAUUUUCUUUUUCCAUGAAGUCUACUAUUUCAUACAAUAGUCCAUUUUACAGUUGCGUGCUUGGUUGCCAAGCCUUUGAACAGGAGUGAGGCUAAGGGUGACCUAGUUAUGAAACAAACCUUGCUGCUUUUCAAAUGUAAAUGACUUUGUUAUUAUGCAAACUAGAUACUGGUCUCUAUCACUACAUGGUCAACUUCAGCCUCACUCCAAAUCAAAGGCUUGGCAACUAAGUACAUAACUGUAAAAUGGCCUAUUUAAUAUAGUGACUUAAUUAAUAGAACAAGGAUAAUGUCAAAAUGUGGGAAGAACAAAAAAUGGCACAUGAGGUGCAGCUGUGUGUGCCAGUGAAUGGAUGUUCUUACCACAUUUUGGCAUGCUCUGCAAUCUGUUUCUGUACAGACCUAGGGCAACAUGAAAUCCAUUGUUCUAAAUAAUAAAAAAGGAAAAUGAUAUUAAUGAUGAAAUCAUCCAUGUGUCUGUCCUCCAAUAGAUCAUAAGCAAGGACCAACCAAAAUACUUGUAUAUAGCUCUUGAUCAUUGAGCAUGCAAGUUGGAAUUUCCACCGUUAUUGUGAAAAUAAUUCUUGAAAUUUUAUGUAUAUUUUUGGUUGGAAUUUUUUUCUUAACCAAUAUAAACAGAUACAACAUGGUGGGACAUUUAAAAUUCUGCAUUAUUCUCAUGGGAGGUUAUUUCAUAUUUCAUGAUCCACUCCGUACCAACCAAAUGAUGGGUGUGGCUACAACCCUCGCAGGAAUCAUAGCUUACACACAUUUUAAACUUGCAGAGCAGAAUAAUUUGACUCUGCCAACAGUCACCAGAAAAGUCUAAAAUGGACCAUGUGAACAAAAUGUGAAGAAAAAGAGAAAAAAUUAUUAUAAAAUAUUUUGUGGAAUAACAUUAAUAAUCUUGGUACCAAGAGAGGUGAUUGCUUGUUUUAACCCUUUAAAUCCUAGAUCAAAUUUUUAAUUCUCCUUACUGUCAACCAUACAAUUCUUACAAUGUUAGUUCAGAGAAUUUAGUAUUGGAUCAACUAAUGACCCCCUAAUUGGUAUUUUUCUUUAUUCUCAUCUCUUAUCUGUUUGAUAUUGUAUUGAUAUUGUAAGGAGAAAUUCUGUCUUGGUUACUCAUGAGAGUAAAGGGUUAAGGAAAACAUACACCAGUGGUGUGAAGAAUUUUUCACUCAUUUGUCUUCUAAACUUCAUUUGGUCCUGAAUUUGACAUUUAUUUAAUAGAUUGAACAAAAUUGGUUGAGGGAGAGUUGGCCCCCAUUUCAGUCCAGGAUACUAAUAUUAAUGAUAUCAAUAGUAGUUAUUGUUAUUAUUUUAAAAAUAUACAUGAAAAAAUUAUGUGCCUCUGAUUGGCUUAAAACAAGUGCAUUUUUCAUUUAACAUGAGUGAAGUUGUAACACGAGUGCAGGCUCAUGCAAUUUUGUUGUCUUUGAUAAAUUUACUCAUGCUUAUAAACACCCAAUUGCACUUGUAAUCACGUUUAUAUCCAUACUAAUUAUUUACUGGGAAGUUCUGUCGCUUAAUGAUGUAAUUGUCAGAAAAGUCAGAGGGAAAAAUAUUUUAACGAGAGAAAUUUAAAAAAAAGAAGAAACAGAGAUAGCAAUUAGUAAAAUUCACUAAGAUUAACAAGUUUAAUUAUAUUUUAUGAAGUAAUUUUGACUGUGAGCAUGGCGUUAAGGCAAAAUAGAAGCUUUUUCAGCCCACUUAUCAAGGCUUUGAAUCAGCAAACUGAGAUGCUACUAAUGAUUUAAGGGUGCAAGUUUGUAAAGAAACUGUCGUGCUGCAUCAGUAACUGAGUUCAGCUUGAUAAAAUGUAAAUUGGCUGCCAUAAAGAGCUUUUAAGUUGAUGUUUCAAGUGUUAGCCCUUCAUUAGAGCAUAUAACAAAGGGCUAAUGCUUGAAAUGUCAGCUUAAAAACUCUUAGUGGCCAAUUUACAUUUAUCAACUCAUUAGUUAAACCGAAUUAUCCUCCUAGGAUUAAUAUGGAUGGGUGUUUAGAUUCUGUUCCUUGAUUGGGAUGAAAGGUGUCAAUGUCUGCUAGAGAGGGCCUGAAAUAUUUCUUUUUGCAUUUGACUGACCGUCUGCUCUCAACAAGGAUGCAAUCACAUACUGAAUCUGUAAAUACUGUGUUACAUCUUAUUUUUAAGAUGUCCCACAUAGCUUUUGUCUUUCUAAAAGGUUUGGCAGAUCCUGACCAAAUUUGAUAAAUAAUACCAUAAGUUAUUUGUUUAAAUUAUAUAUUAAUUUAUUCAUAACUGAGCUUUAUUUACAAUUGUGUUUUUAAAGGAGCAAAUGAUAUAAUCUUUACUAGUUUGCUCAUUGAUUUCUGGGCAAUAUAAAGCGUGCCUCUUCAUGUAAAAAUUAAAGACUCUUUUGGUGUGGAU